UUUGAUGAAGGCUGGGGGUUCUGUGGAACAGAGGAUUAUCAGAGUAAAUGUAAUGAAAUAGCGGAACAAGUAAUGGAUACUCGGCUGAUGGGUAUUCACCGGCUAAACAAUGAAUAUUGUGUAGAACAACUAAAAAUAAAUCUAGCAAAGGAAAUGCCUGAGGUGGAGGAAAGGGAAUUCAAUGAUUUAGACAAGGUGGGCACAAUAUGCGUCGGGAAAAAUGUGACUUUAAAGAUGAAAAACUUUGAAGUAUUCGAGGUGAAUAAAAGUUUGACAAAGUUUACGAAAAUUAAACUUGACGAAACUAGAAGAAAAAAUGUUGAGGCAGGUAACUAAAUAUAUAU